UUAACUGUAAACCAUCUUCGAAGAAUAAUAUAUCUGGUGGGGAGCCUAAAGUUUAAACAUUUCAAGAUCGACACCGGUACAUGCCGGUACUAAAAUGUAUUUUACAAUGGGUGUACGAAAUAUUAUACUUUUGGUGACUUUUGUUAGUUCCGUUUUAGCUUAUUCAGGAGAAUUUGUACCAAAAUCCUACUACAUAAUCGACCAAGAUGGCCACAAAUCCGACGUCGUCUACUUCAGGAGUAAAAGGGACGUGGAAUCAUUCCCUCUUUUCCGAGUAAAACGCGGGGGUGGCUCUUCUGCCUCUUCGCAGAGCUCCGCGUCGAGCAGCAGUAACAGUGGGGCAGGGUUUGGAGCUGGCGGCGGCGGCGCCGGGGGUGGUGGCAUACCGUUCCAAGGAGGAAGUGACUACUUUCCGGGAUUCAUAGACCCUGGAUUCGCUGAAUUUUUCAACAACAACUUCAAUGCCUUAGCAAAACUUGCCAGUAGUACGGGCGGCGGUGGUGGCGGCGGAAGUGGUGCUUUUGCACAUUCUUUUGCCAGUUCGAGUUCUAGCGGUUCUUCGGGAAUUCCCGGAGGUUUUGGAGGAGUUGGGGGAACUGCGGAACCCGGAUACAAAGGACCAAUUUUAUAUUCUCGCUUCGGUGAAGAUACUGGUAAUGGUGUUAAAGUUUCAAGUAGCGCUCAAGGACCCAGAGGAGCCUUUAGUUCGAGUUCGUCAUCGAUUGACAGUGAUGGAAAAAUUAAAUAUUCUGUAAAAUCUGGAAAAUACUAGUACCCGCAUUUGUAAUUUUAGUAUUAGGGAUAAUGUAUACGUAUAUGUUGGUACAAUAAAAUAUAACAUGUAAUUAUUUA